AUGAAAAAAGGAUACAAAGCCAACGCGGCUUUGCACUACAUUAUUUACCCCUUACCCUUGCCGACACCACGCGAAGAGGAAUUGGAGAACACGAUAUUCGCAAACUCGCCGCCUCUGCGUUACGAAGAAUGCGAGAGACCAACACGCUGGCUGAUGGCAAGUACCUCUUUUGAAGGCUACCUAGCGUUGCGAGCGUUGCAAGAGACACAGAUCGGCAAGCGCUUCGUGACAACUACGUGGCCAGACGAUGUCGAAAUACUCUUUGACGAUGAUUACAUUCCACCCCAAUGCUACUUCCCGUUCUUGGAGAAUCUGUUUUGUGCUAUCAAUGUAUCUGGCUGGAGAGACCGCCCAUUAGAGAUUCGUCGGAUGAUAAUAUCGGAGGUGUGGUUGGGGGUCAAGGUCGAGCAAGGCUGGAUGCACCUCGACUUGCGACGCACACCUGGACCGUUAUUUCGCUAUCCUAGAGCACAGAACGGCACGAAUGAUAUGGACGGCACGAAUGAUACGAACGGCACGAACGAUAUGAACGGCACGAACGACAUGAACGGCACCACGAACGCCACGAACGCCACGAAUGGCAUGAACGGUAUGAAUGGCAUGAACGGUAUGAACGGUAUGAACGGUUCGAACGGCUCGAACAGUUCGAACAGCGUGAACGGCUCGAACAGUUCAAAUAGCGUGAAUGGCUCGAGCAGUUCGAAUAGCGUGAAUGGCUCGAACAGUCCGAAUAGCGUGAAUGGCUCGAACAGCCCGAAUGGUUUAAACGGGACAUGA